GAGAGGGAGCUCAGGGGCGGACUCAUCAUCAUAACAGAGCGGCUGGCUGGUGAGAAAGCUUCCCGACACACACACCCACCGGCUCUUACCUGCUUUCCACAGGAGGGUGACUGGCUCCUGGACUCAGACCUUUAUUCAUUUACAGCGCCCCUGACAUCCGACAGCAACAGGCCGGACUGGCCGCGAACAACAGCAAAGACUGAAGGAGACAGAGGGACGUGCUCACAAAUAGCAGCCAACCAGACACACACAAGACAGAGCUCCGGAGAGGGAAUUUUCACCUGUGUCCAGACAACAAGUAAGGGAGCAUGGACUGUGUUCAGGUGGCUAAAGAGGCUGAAAUGGUGGAGAUUAUUCCAAAUGGCAAUCAUGUAGAAGAUCUGACUGCACCAAUCAAAAUGCAACAUGAGGAAGACAGGUACGAAGAUAAUGAAGGAAACUCAGCCGAGUGCGAUGAAUUCCUGCCUCAUUCAGACACUGAGAAGAAACCUACCCGUUUCACAGAUUUUGAAGGGAAAACCUCAUUUGGAAUGUCAGUAUUCAACCUGAGCAAUGCCAUCAUGGGCAGUGGUAUCCUGGGCCUGGCAUAUGCGAUGGCCAACACAGGCAUUGUCCUCUUCCUCUUUCUGUUGACAACUGUGGCCUUACUCUCCUCCUAUUCCAUUCACUUGCUUCUGAAAGCUUCUGGUGUGGUUGGAAUCCGUGCAUAUGAGCAGCUCGGUCUGCGGGCUUUCGGGACUCCUGGCAAGUUAGCAGCUGCUAUGGCGAUUACCCUGCAGAAUAUUGGUGCCAUGUCCAGUUAUCUCUACAUUGUGAAGUAUGAACUUCCCCUGGUGAUACAGGCCUUUCUGAACAUUGAGGAGAAAACCGGCGAGUGGUACCUGAAUGGAAACUAUCUGGUGGUCAUGGCAUCAGUUACGGUCGUUUUGCCUCUGGCAUUAAUGAAGCAACUCGGCUACCUGGGAUACACCAGUGGUUUCUCCCUGAGCUGCAUGGUUUUCUUCCUAAUUGUGGUGAUCUACAAGAAGUUCCAGAUUUCCUGCUCAUUUAAUAACAUCCAUGCAAAUAGUUCCCUUCUAGACAGUAUCAAAUAUGACAAUAGCACCAGCUACAACAGUAGUGACGUUCACAAAGUUACUGAGGACCAGUGCACCCCUCGGCUGUUUACCGUGAACUCUCAGACUGCAUAUACCAUUCCCAUCUUGGCUUUUGCCUUUGUCUGUCAUCCAGAGGUAUUGCCUAUCUACACAGAGCUGAAAAACCCCUCCAAGAAAAAAAUGCAGCAUGUGUCAAACAUCUCUAUCCUGGUCAUGUACCUCAUGUAUUUUCUUGCUGCGCUGUUUGGAUACUUGACAUUUUAUGGCAGAGUUGAGCCAGAGAUGCUGCAUACAUACAGUAAGAUUGACCCAUUCGAUACACUAAUUUUGUGUGUCCGUGUGGCUGUGCUAAUCGCAGUAACCCUCACUGUGCCCAUUGUGCUCUUCCCGGUGCGCCGUGCUAUCCAGCAAAUGCUGUUCCAGAACAAACCCUUCAGCUGGCUCAGGCACAUAGUCAUUGCUAUCUGCCUCCUUACUUUGAUCAACCUACUGGUUAUCUUUGCACCAAACAUCCUUGAUAUCUUUGGAGUUAUCGGUGCGACCUCUGCCCCAUGUUUAAUUUUCAUCUUCCCGGCUGUGUUCUACAUACGGAUAAUGCCAAAGGAAGAAGAACCAAUGACGUCACUGCCAAAGAUCCUGGCUGUUUGCUUUGCAGGCCUGGGCGUUGUCUUCAUGACCAUGAGCCUGAGCUUCAUCAUCAUCGGCUGGUCUACUGGGAGCAGCAACGUCAACGGAGGCCACUAGGCAACAGAGUGCCUCGCCCACUGAGAGCCAAGUGCCCCCUUCAGCACCCAACACCUUCACCCAGCAGGAUAAUCACUGUAGAAAAUUGCCAACAAACCUGACCCCACUGUAAUGAGACACACACUGCUAGUACUGUACAUAUAUAUAGUUUUGCACACCAACAAUUUUUAUAUCAUGUAACUGUAUAGUGACGAAUUGAUGCAAGUACAUUGCAUGGGAUUUUGUAAAACUGCAACAUUUUUAAGUUAUUUUGUAUAGAGGUAGGACUGAGGUGACAUUUUCAGUGUAAUAUUCUAUUAAAUAACUGGCUUAGUAUAGUGUAGGGUCAUAGGUAUAGUUGCUGGGACUGAACUUAGCACCUUGGGUUGACUGGGGGGGCUGUCUUGUUAAUAUAAUAUAUAUAUUUUACAUUGUGUUCUUUUGACAUAAAUGAACAUCAUACAGAAGCAUUUUAAAAGGUGGUUAGGAGCCUAUUGAAAAACAAAAAAAAACAUUUAUUGUUCCCAUUUUCAAUCACCCUACUAAAUACUGUGUGCAAUUUUUGAUGAAGCUAACAGUAGUUGAAAUAUCCGAUUACUAAUUUUCGGUAGGUAAAUGCUAAUAAUCAUGAACCAUCCAUGCCUGGCAGAUGCCCUAGUGUAAACCUCUGAGUUGGAUGAAGCUCCACGAGGUCAUAUGCUAGUGAGGUGAACAAAAUCAGUUGGGGACUUCCAGUACCUAGAAACCCGUAGCCCAGAGAGUCAGUAUGAGAUCCUGAAUCAAGUUCAACUGUUAUUCCUCAAAGCUUGCAUAACCCACUGGCUUAUUGGCCCCUUGUAUAUAAAGGUAUCUUGAAAGUACUGACUUGGGCGUGAUACAAAAGGACUGACAUCACCUAUCAAAUUGUAAUUUAACAUGACGCCUCUUAAUUUUUUUAUAUUAUUUAACCUGUUAUUCUAAUCAACUUGUUCAGAGGCGUUAUUAUACACCUCUGGAGCAGGUGGGACUUGAACUUGGGCCCGUGAAUACUUCACAGAUCAACUGAGUGCUUCACUUUUACUCGUUGAAUCCGGACUAGUGGGCAAAUUGUUCUCUGUUAUGAAAAAUAUCCUGAUCAAGACCCUUUUUUUUGGCCUUUUAUCUCACAGAGAUCACAAGCUCACCAGUGCUGGCCUGCCUAUUCCGUCGUGACAAAUAUUGCAAAGCAAUAAGUUCAUGGUAAAGUUGGAAACCAGAUGGCUCUGUUUAUGGUGGGACAGUUGAAAUGCAACGGGACAUUGCCUCACAUUUUGUGGCUUCCAAGCCUGAGAGUCCACUUUACACAGUUUGCAAAACAUGUCCGCACCCCAGACCAGUGAUGCUUGCUGCCACAGUGCACAUUGGAUUGGAAAAACAUGGUUGCAAUCCUGAAGACUACUUCUGCAAGGUGAAUUAGUUGAGUGCCAUACACUGAAUUGCUUGCACUCAAGCUGAAGACUCAGGAUCACAUAAGGAUAUUUCCACCCUUGACUAUGGUUCCACCAACCCUAGUGUAACACAUCCACUGUAGAAUUAAUUGCUGCUAUCCAUCAGGGGCAGUGCCCGACAAAGAAAAGACACUGGGGAUUGGAGAGACGAGCCAACCCUGUUUAAAACCAUUUAGUUGGCAAGCCAGGUGGAGGAGGAAAGCAGGAUGGUUGAUUUCCUGCAGUCGUCAUACAUUGCUGCUGUUGUGAAGGCAGUUGCCUGUUGGAACCAGUGAGCAGAGCAAAUAUGUUCCAUGCCCUAUGUGGCACUGGCAACACUCACAAUGAUAGGGCCAGUCUUUCAAGAUGGUCCAUCCCAUCAGGAUGGCGGAGCUGCCUUUGCACCAUCCCAAUGGUCGAAUGCCAACUGCUUGUAGGAUUUAGAGAUGGGAGAGAUGAAUGAAACAGUUAACAUUAAAGUUCAAAACAAAUCUAAAAAAAAGACUUUUUAUUAACUAAAACCAUUAAUCAAAAUGCUGGGGUUGGGAGGUCAUCCUCUAACAUUUAAUAAUUUAGUCUAAUGUUUGUGUUAUAAUAAGUAAAUAAAAUGUCUCAUUUUUCACAGGGAACUUAACUGUGAACUUUUAACACAGUGUGGUUGCAGAAAAAUGGCUACUGGACUGUUAAUACUGAACUUGUUUGCUGGUUUGGAAAUAUCCCGGCAUGUUUAUAAAAUAAUAAUUCUGGGGGCGAAGAAUUGAUUUAUUUUGUGACAAUAAUGUCGAUGGCUUUGAUUUAACAAAAGUGGAUUUUACUUCUGACUCAUGUAGUCCUAUGCAAUAUUAAUAGUUUUGGUGGAAAUCUCCAGUAACCUUUGCUCUGAAGCUUUAAGGAUUUAUUUUUGUUAGAUUGCAUUGGUCGUAUUUAGAAACAAGGCUUAUUUGUCAGAUUUCUUUACACAAUAUUUAUAUUUUAUUAAAUGUGUAAUUAAAUUUUAAUUUAAUAGAAAAUAAAAAGGAUUAAAGAUUUUUAAUAUUUUA